AUGAUGAAGAUUAGACCUGGUCAACAAAUUGGAGUGUGGCAAUCCCAAUACCUUAAAAGAUGGAACGAAAGGGCCUAUCUAUGGAAGAAUUCUGCUUUAAGCAAAAGAAGUCACUUAGAUUCAGUUAUUUUUUUUGCUUUUGCACUUGACGAUGACCUGUGUGGAAAAGAAAGAGUGCUAAAUUCAGAAAUGCAAAGUGGAGGAAAUAUAUACAUUUGGCUAUGGCACACAAUACUAUUUUCACAUCACAUUUUUUUAUACUUCCAUAAGCAGAAUUAUAUUGCCAAUGCUAUAAAAGUCUUUUUAAAGUCUAAUUUUUAA